AUGGCCCCGCCCCGCUGCCCCGACGGAGCUCUCCUGCUGCUUGUCUACGCGGGCCUGCUGGCCGCAGCCGCGGGUCUGGGUUCCCGGGAGCCCAGUGCGCCCACGGGGAGCCACCCUCGCGAGGAGCCGUGGCCCGAGGAGGAGCUGCCCGCGGGCCCCGGGGAGGGCCGCGCGGGGCCGACCGCCCACCUGCCGGAGCCCACGGCUGAGUAUGCACGCAGCAUCGACGCCCAGACAGCCCGGGAAGCCUGGAUGUUUUUCAUCCGGCAGAGUGACAAGGGUGUCAAUGGCAAGAGGAGGAGCAAGGGCAAGGCCAAGAAACUGCAGUUCGGCUUGCCAGGGCCCCCUGGGCCUCCUGGUCCCCAGGGCCCCCCGGGCCCCAUCAUCCCACCUGAGGCUCUACUGAAGGAGUUCCAGCUGCUGCUGAAAGGGCCGCUGCGCCCUCGGGACCGCCUGCGCCUGCUCAUCUGCAUCCAGUCCCAGUGCCAGCGCAACACCUCCCUGGAGGCCGUCAUGGGGCUAGAGAGCAGCGGCGAGCUCUUCACCAUCUCAGUGAAUGGUGUCCUGUAUCUGCAGAUGGGGCAGUAUACCUCUGUCUUCUUGGACAACGCCAGUGGCUCCUCUCUCACGGCACGCAGCGGCUCCCACUUCAGUGCUGUCCUCCUGGGUGUGUGAGAAGCCACCACAGGCCCUUCCUCUCACUGGGCAAAUGGAGCAGGGGUCUGACCAGUGUCUAGGCAGUGUCGGAGUGACAACGGCCACACGCAGGA